UCCUCUCUAAUGAACUGAUUCUUUCACCUUUUAAUGCUUUGGCAUUUCAUCUGCAUUAUUGCAGAUUCAUUGAAAAAAAAAAUGGUAGCUUGGUUUAUGACAUGAUUUGGAACACUUAGGGACGACUAGAUAUGUCUAUAGUCUUACAUUCUUAUGUAAAACACACGGUAAGGAGUCUUGUAUUGCAAUGUUCUUGUCUUGUAUUGCAAUAUUCUUGUCCUUGUCAAUCACUAUUAUUUUGUAUUGCUGUUUCUCAACUCUCAUUGUCCUCUUUCUCUUUUGGACAUUAAUUCUCUUGCCUGUAUUCCACAGCCGUAGUGUGUUCCUUUAAUUUGGUAGAGCUUGACACAAUAUUCAUUUAUUCUAAAUCUAACAAUUCAAGAAAAACAUACCAAGUAUUUUCACAAGUAGUUUACAACCAUCUAGGUUUCACUUUAAGUAACUACAUGGUCUUAACUGGGUUUUUGCUCUGGAGACUCAAGGUAUAAUUCCCAGAAAUGAAAAUUGGCUUAUUACCUGAUAUAACUCAGAAAAAUUAUUGCUUAUCAAAAGGUAUUUCAAAAAUAAAGUUUUCCUUCUACUUUCACAUAUGGCAUUUACUUUUGAUGCAUUAACAAAAUGCCCAUGUAAUUGUGGUGUAUUCAAAUUAUGAGCUCAGAACAAAUUGGGAAAAUAUCUGAGGACAUUUAUGAUAAAAUACUAGUAGGAUGACUGUUAAAACAUUACGUGAUAUGUGUGCAGAAUGAUCUAGUUACAAUGAUGCAAAGGUAUAUUAUGUGUAAAGGGAAUAAUAGAAUGCUAGAAGCAUGCUAGCUGGAAGUUGAGGGAAAUGAAUACCAAAUGAAAGAGGAACAUUUGUAAAGGGAAUCUGGAAUGCUCAACCAUGUGUGAGCAAAGAAUUAGAUUAAGAAUAAUUAUUUUCACUUUUUUGCAUCCUUGUACUGGCAGAUCUGCUAUUUUGCUUAUUCUUUCUUGUUAUGCAUUUGAAGUGUCUAAAUGCAUCUUUAAAUUAUAUUAUUUCAUCUGGAAUAGGUGGGGUCAUGACAAAUUUCCAAAUGACACACCUUUUGUUUUUUAUCAUGCUGGCCAACAGAUACUUCCUUCCCUUGGUUUGUUUGAUGGAUUUAAAGUUGUUCUUGAGAAUAUGGUCUCAUAUAUACAAAAGGAAGUUCCUGGCAAGACAUUCAAGUUUUGGCGUCUGCAAUCACAGCGGCAUUUUUAUGGCAGUGAGUGGAACCAAAAUGGAAGUUGCUUGUUCAGUGAGGCCCUCAACGAAAAUGAGCUUGAUUUGUGGUUUGAUCCCAGCAAAAAUGGAGUUAAUAAAGAAGCAAGACAAAUUGAUCAUGCAAUUGAACUGACAUUGAAAUGCACGGAUAUCCACUCGCUGGGUCUAACUCAUUUGAGCGAUUAUAGAGCACAUGCACACCCUUCAAUUUGGUUUGGGAACAAUCUGGGGUCAGAAUUGCAUGCAUUGGUGCCUACCUGGUGUUCCUGACGCAUGGAUUGAUAUAUUGUCAGAGCUUAUCUGUUAAGGCGUUUUGAAGAACCGAUAAAGAGACAAGGCAACAUUAACAAGUUAUAUCCAGACUUUAAUUAUUUUGCGGAUUUCUGUACAUUACACAAUAAAAUGCUGUGUAGUUUCAUGGACUAAGUUUUAGAAUCAGGCAAUCAGAAUACAAGCUGGUGUUUUAGACAGACUUCCUUGAGAUAUACUUCCAGUAGAUUCAGAUCAAAAAAGCUUCCCGCUACGUCCUUUUUACUUUGACGUUCUGAAGGGAAACAAAUUUAUUCCCAGUUGUAAGUUGACAAAAAAAAAAAAAAAAAACGAAAGAAGAGAUGGGAAAUUCUUUUGGGUUGUGAACUAGGUGAUUGGAAGGUUAACUGAAUGACUUCAUUUUUCUUCCAACUUGGUCAUGUACGUUUGAAAUAUCUAAUGUGUGUGCAUGAUUAUUUCUUUCAA